UAUAUGAUACACAAUUGAAACAUUUCUGAAACAUCCACAAAAGCCUCACCAAUUUCUGUUAUAUAUUCGGCAAUUUCCCUUCACCCCAUUGCAUUCAUUCCACUAAGUUGAACCAUGUCGUGGAAUGGGCUUAAGAAGGCCAUCAACAGAGCUGGUACUCAAGUAAAAGUUAGGACCGGACAGAUUGAUCAAACUGUUGACAGACAAUUUGACUUUGAAGAAAAGCGGUUCAAAACAAUGGAAACCAACUCCCUCAAACUCCAGAAAGAGUUGAAGCACUACCUUGACUCGUUGCGGAUAUUGACCAGUGCCCAGAUGAAUGUGGCUGAAGUGUUGAAAUCGUUCUAUGGAGAGGAUGAUAUAGUGACUGCUCGAGACAAAAUAGAGAAGGGAGUCAAUCCUGAUAACUUCAGCGAGGAAUACUACAACGUCACGAAGGACUUGAACGAUAACGUUUUGGCAUCAUUAGAGGGUCCUUAUAACCAGACCAUCUUGAAUCUGGUUGCCCGCUUCAACUCCUAUUUCAUUGAAAUCAACGAUGCCAUUAAGAAACGAGCCAACAAGAAGCUCGACUAUGACGCCAUGAAGAAGAAGCUUCAAACUAUGGUAGAAAAUCCCAAGUCCAACGAGAUCAACACCAAUGAAUAUGAAGCCAAAUUACUGGAAAUCAAGAGUGAAUUGGAAGAUAAGAGAGCCAUGUAUGAAAAUUUGAAUGACAAGCUCAAACAAGAGUUGCCGCAGUUGAUCAACUUACGUGUCCCAUUUUUGAACCCCUCGUUCGAAAGUUUCAUCAAGCUCCAAUUGCGGUUUUUUAACGAAGGUUAUUCCAGUUUGAAUAAUCUUCAAUUGCGGUUGGAUGCAAAUUUGAGACAAGACUACAUUAACGGAAACUUGGAAUCUAGACUCGACGACGUGUUGAUGAAAAUGCGGGAGUUAAAUAUCACUGGUUCCAGGUGAAUACUUCUAUAUAGUCUUAUUCCUUUAUAUGUUAAGCACUUAUGAUAAAUGAAUUCUAUCCCGGCG